AUGAGUUUGUUAACUUCUUCGAACGUUUCAUACAGGAAGAGUGUAAAAAGUUUUACUACUGAAGGGCUUAAUCCCAUUUCAAAUGAUGUUGAAUAUGUUGCUUUCAUUUUUGAUGCUUAUGGAACAGAUGGUGUAAUUUUGGUUUAUGUUGAUCAUAUUGGGGUUGGUGUUGAUGGGUGGCUUGAUGAUGAAGAUAAUGAUCAUGAUGAACAUGAGUCUUGUAUUGAUGGUGAAAAUGAAGACAACAUAGAUGAACUUAGAAAUGAUGCCUUUGAAUUUAAUGAGGAUGUAUUGUAUACGAAUAGUACAUCAAAUGAUCCUUUCUUGAGUAACUUAUGUGUUGAUGAUGAGGAUGAAAACAACAUUCUAAUGGAUAUCAAUUGUGUUUUGAAAAAAUAUGAUAGGACAAGACUUUUGGUGAGGUGUAGCAAGGGUGCUUGCACAUUUAGGUUAUGGGCUUCCUGGAUGAGUGAUGAAGAGAGUUUCCAAAUCAAGUCACUAAAAGCUUAUCACGAUUGUUCAAGAAACUUUAUGUUUGGAUCAUUGGUGACAUAUGCAUGGAUUGGGAGUAACUAUACCAAAGACAUUGUAGAAAGUCAGAAAAUAAGUGUAAGGAAGCUUAGGUUAAAGGUAAUGGCCAAGUUUGGUAUCCAAGUUAGUAUGGGGAAAUGUAGAAGAGCAAAGAAGUAUGCACUGAAACUUGUUGAAGGUAGCUUUGUUGAACAUUAUGGUAAGCUAAGGUCAUAUGGUCAUGAGAUUUUAAGGACAAAUCAUGGGUUAGCUGUGAAACUAGAUAUGGAGUAUGGUCCAUAUGGAAAGAAAUAUUUUAGCAAGUUCUAUUGUUGUUUUCAAGGAGUUAAACAAGGUUGGAUUGAAGGGUGUAGAAGGAUAAUUGGUCUUGAUGGAUGUUUUCUUAAAGAGCUUCUCAUUAAUGAUAUAAAGUUGAAUUUGGGCAAUGGUUUAAGUUUAAUGUUAGAUCAACAUAAGGGUUUGAUAGAGGUUGUUAAAGAGUUGUUGCCAUAUGUAGAGGACAGACAAUGUGCUCGACAUAUUUGCCAUAAUUUGCAGAAGAGAUUUACUGCUGCCAUAUAUCAUACCUUGUUUUGGAGAGUAUCUAAAGCCACAACUGAGCAUGCUUUUAAAGUUGUGAUGAAAGAAAUUGAGACAUUGAACCUAGAUGCCCAUCAAUAUCUCAUGGAGAAAGAUCCUAAAACAUGGUCAAGAUCUUUCUUUCAAACUGGAAGAUGCCAGGAAGAAGCCAUAAUAACCAUGUCAGAGGAGAUAAGAUUUUACAUGAUGGAUAGAAUCUACAACAUGAAAUUAAAGGGACAACAAUGGGGAAAUCAUAUUUGUCCAGAGAUAAGGGAUAAAGUGAAUUUGCUUAAAAAGGCUCAAAGUCAUUAUCAGGAUAUCCUUCUUAAUAGGGAUGUAGAAGCCUAUGUAGACAACAUGUUUAGCACAACCACAUUCAGGAAGGCAUACAAUUACAAAAUUUCUCCCAUGAAUAGCAGUGACAUGUGGCCAGAGGCAAACUAUACUCCACUAUUGACUCCUAUUAAUAGAAGGAUGCCUGGUAGGGCAGCUACUAAGAGGAAGAAAUCCACUACAGAGAAUACAAGAACACACAUGGUUUCUAAGGCUGGAAAGAAAAUCAAAUGUAUUAUUCGUAAGGAGAUAGGUCACAAACAAGGCCACUUGUCCACAAAGAAGGCCCCAAAAGUUAAAUGUGAAGAAACAGAAGAUACAAAAAGUUUGUGUGAAGCGAAAUGCAGGACAUGUAUAAGUGAACCACAACAACAUGAAUAG